AAAACAGGAAGUCAGUGGAUGCAGGCUGUGACGGAGAUGGUUGAUGGAAUGUCACUGCUGCGCUGUUUCACUCAUUUACAUGUAGAAAAUCAUUGCAGAUAAAAAGACGAGUUGACUGCUAGCCAAUCAAAUAAAGCCUCGGAAGAAGAUUAACCAAUCAGCGCGACCGGAAGUUAUAAGCGCAUGCGUUCUGUUCCGGUAAGUAACUAAGGUCCCGAUUCAGUUCUUUGCUGAGAUCUUUGACAUCCCCGAUGGCUCUGCAGGAGAGAAUUAGAGUUGUGUUACUGGCCUGUGGCUCCUUCAACCCCAUCACCAACAUGCACCUGCGUAUGUUUGAGCUGGCACGGGAUCACCUGGAAGAUACCGGAAGGUACAGAGUAGUAAAGGGUUUAAUCUCUCCUGUCGGCGAUGCCUAUAAGAAGAAGGGUCUAAUUGAGGCAUGUCAUCGGGUGGAGAUGGCCAGAUUAGCGACCGAGACCUCGAGCUGGAUCAGUGUGGAUGACUGGGAGAGCCAGCAGCCUGAGUGGGUGGAAACAGCCAAAGUUAUGAGACAUCAUCACGCAGAGCUGUCAUCAGCUGAGAACCAUGACGAGGUGGACACAGUGAAGUUCGCGAAAAAGAGAAGAUUGGAGGAAAAUGAGGAAAGUUCAAUAAUUCACAACAGAUCAGAACCCAUGCAGCUUAAGUUAUUGUGUGGGGCAGAUGUCCUGGAAUCUUUCAGUGUCCCUAAUCUGUGGAAGGAGGAGGACAUUGUGGAGAUCAUAGGACGCUUUGGGCUCGUGUGCAUUACAAGGAGUGGUUGUGAUGCAGAAAAGUUUGUCUACGAGUCUGAUGUGCUACAUAAGCACAGAAAGAACAUCCACAUUGUGAGGGAAUGGGUGAGGAACGACAUCUCGGCUACUCACGUGAGACGAGCCGUGCGCAGGGGCCACAGCGUUCGCUAUGUGCUGCCUGAGCCUGUGGUGCGCUACAUCCAAGAACAGCAUCUGUACAGUGCUGAGAGUGAGCAGAAAAACACUGAUGUCAUCCUGGCUCCUCUUCAGAGAUAUGCUGGUUCAACUGAAUAAACUACUGCACUUUGGUGUCUCACACACGCACAAACACUUAUAGAGCCUGUACACUUGACCAUCAGCAAUGAAGCAAUAUUUCUCUACACUUUAUAUCUUAUAGGCUAUGAGUAGUUUCACUGAAGUGAUUGAUUCAAGGUUUAUAAAUACGAGCGAUUUUUAUGAGACACUUUUUCUGCCUAGAGCUUGAAACAGGUUUUCGUUUCAGCCCUCUAAAUAAAAUACUUUAAAGUUUCAGUAAUUAAUCAGGUUCAUGGUGAAAUGAGGGUCUUUGUAAUUAUAAUUAAUGUUUGUGGGCACCUACUUUUUUGCGUAGAAAUUUGUUUCGGAAUAUGAAUCUGAUGAAAACUUUAUAAAGACUUACAGUAUCUGUUUCUUAGAUAUAUGGGUCCCCGCCCCCAUAUCCCAUAACUCCUCCCCAAAAAAAACUCCCAACAAUGUUUGACUGAUAGUGGAGGAUUCUCAUGUUCGUGUGGGCAACUUCUGAAACUAUGUUCUGCAAGAAUCUUUUCUUGAUUAUGAUUCUUCACAACAUAAAUAUUUUCGUCGUAGUAUAUCAGACAUCUUUUUGUUAUUUUGAAACAUGCUUGAUUUUACGACACAGCCUCGUUUUCACCUUGAAGAUCUCCCUUUAGCACACAAUGGGCCCCAAUUUCGAAGUGUGAGACCUAACAAGGUAUACAUUGUAUAAAGGAUAGCCUACUGUUCUCUAAUCCUCUAGGUCUUAUAACACUCACUCACUUACCGUCUAUACUGCUUUAUUCUGUAUGCAGUGUCCCGGGGGGCCUGCAGCCUAUUCCAGUAGACGUAGGGGACGGGGUGGGGUACACCCGGGAUGGGGUGCCAUUCCAUCACACACUACGUGCAAUUUGGAAAUGCUAAUUAGCUUAAUUCACAUGUCUUUGGACUGUGUGAGGAAACCCACCAAGCACAGAUGGACCUGCAAACUCCAUGCAUACAGACCCUGAGACGGGACUCGAACCAGGACAUUCUAGGUGCAAGGCGACAGUGUUAGCCACUAAGCCAUUGUAUCAACGGCCAUAUAACAUUAGACCAAUAAUGGAUACUUGUUAGCUUUUUACUUGCAGCAUCAUUUGUAAAUAGCAAUAAUUCUUCUUACUCCCACUUGUUUUAAUUCUAAAUAGCUGAUGAACUAAUUAUUUGUAAUAUUCAAUUUUAAUUUAUACAAUUUGGGAUGGUUGUUAAGAAGUCCAAGUUUGCCUUGCAAAAAGACAAGCCUCUCCACCAGCAUGGAACCAUCUGUUCCCAACCCAUCUUAUAACAUAGGGUCCCAAUCCUCAUUAUGGAGUAUCCUCUGUCCUGCACGCUAUACAAUAUUCCAUACUACCAACAAAGAUAAUUUAACCAAUAUUCACCAAAAUAAAAGCACUUUGAGUUAAAGUGAGUGUAUGUUAAGACCGGGGGUGGGAACCAAUGUCUUUUACUGUUACUUAGUUCAAUGUCUAGUUAAAACUAAACAAUACUCUUCUCCUAAUUCUAGAAUUUUCUUUAAUGUAAUUGGUCUUUUCUUAUUAUUCUAAAUUAUCAUUUUUUUAGUACUGUACUUUAUAUGAACACUGUAGAUUCUUGCUUUUGAAAUACUACAUACCUGUGGAUGAAAAAAAUGUUGAUAUGCAGUACCAAAAUGUGCUUAAGUAAAAACUGAAAGUCUUUUUUAAAUGCAGCCAAGUAUUACAGUGAAAAUUUGAUGGAAUUAAGUAGCACAUGUUUUAUUGCACAUCCAAAUGAAAAGAAGGAGGAAGUUUACAAAAGAAUUAUACCCAACUGUCCUUAAUAUGAGGAUUGUACAAAGAUGUACAGUGUAGUUGCAGCCUAUCCCAGGAAACUAAGAGCAUGAGGCAGGGUACACCCUGGACAGGAUACCAAUGCAUCACAGGGCACACACAUACACACACCCAUUCACACACUACGGGCAAUUUGGGAACGGCAAUUAGCCUAAUCUGCAUGUCUUUGGACUGUGGGAGGAAACCGUAGUACCUGGAGGAAACCCAUCAAGCAUGGGGAGAACCUGGACCCUUGAGGUGGGAGGCAACAGUACCAACCACUAAACCACCUGAUAUAAAUUAUAAUGAAAAUAUUUUUUUAUUUUUAAUUCAAACUCCCUCAAAAGGGAACAAUGGAAAUUAAUAAAAAUGAGAUUAUAUGGAUACAA